AGCCUGAAUCUCCGAGGAUGAAAAGCCACAUACAGCAAUGUCAGAAACGCUCACAGUGAUGGAGCCCCUGGCCUCUGAGUCUGAGGGGGCCUCUGAACCUAGAUUGAGGGGGCUGUUGGGAAACCGGGAAGGGCAGAGCCUGCGGAGUUCCCUGUCCCAGGAGGGAGGCUUCAGGCAGGUGACCGUUACACACUGGAAGAUCCAGACAGGAGAGGCAGCCCAGGUGGGAAGUGAAUCGGGAGGUGGCCCAGUUCUGAGCUCAAACCUCCUCAUCCUUCAGAGAGAGCUUAUAGAAGGGGAAGCCCACCCAUGUGAGACUUGUGGCAAAAGCUUCCCAUUUACUUCUGACCUAGUUCGACAUCAGAUUUCUCAUACUGGGGAGAAACCUUACAAAUGUGACCAGUGUGGGAAAGGCUUCAGCCAGAGCACCCACCUUGCUGAGCACCAGAGUGUUCACACUGGAGAGAGACUCUAUGUGUGCAGUGCUUGUGGGAAAGACUUUGCUCACUAUGCUGAUCUCAUUGAACACCAGAGAGUGCACGCAGGAGAAAAGCCAUUCAAGUGUGCUCAGUGCGGGAAAGCCUUCUGUCACAGCUCAGACCUGAUCCGGCACCAGCGCGUUCAUACCCGGGAGAGGCCUUUUGAAUGCAAAGAAUGUGGCAAAGGUUUCAGUCAGAGUUCCUUACUCAUUCGACACCAGAGAAUUCACACGGGAGAAAGACCCUAUGAGUGUAACGAAUGUGGAAAGUCCUUCAUUAGGAGCUCAAGCCUUAUUCGACACUAUCAGAUCCACACAGAAGUGAAACAGUAUGAAUGUAAGGAAUGUGGGAAGGCCUUUCGUCAUCGCUCAGACCUCAUUGAACAUCAGAGAAUCCACACUGGAGAGAGGCCCUUUGAAUGUAACGAGUGUGGGAAGGCCUUCAUUCGGAGCUCCAAGCUUAUCCAGCACCAGAGGAUCCACACUGGAGAGAGGCCUUACGUUUGCAAUGAGUGUGGGAAGCGUUUCAGCCAGACGUCAAACUUUACUCAGCAUCAGAGAAUUCACACUGGGGAGAAACUCUACGAAUGUAAUGAAUGUGGGAAAGCGUUCUUUCUGAGUUCGUACCUUAUUCGACACCAGAAAAUCCACACUGGAGAGAGGGUGUAUGAAUGUAAGGAGUGUGGGAAAGCAUUUCUCCAGAAAGCUCAUCUCACAGAGCACCAGAAAAUCCACACUGGAGACAGGCCCUUUGAAUGUAAGGACUGUGGGAAAGCCUUCAUCCAGAGCUCCAAGCUGCUCCUGCAUCAGGUCAUUCAUACUGGAGAGAAGCCCUAUGUGUGUAGUUAUUGUGGGAAAGGGUUUAUUCAGAGGUCAAACUUCCUUCAACACCAGAAAAUACACACUGAAGAGAAACUCUAUGAAUGUAGUCAAUAUGGGAAAGAUUUCAGUUCUACCCCAAACUUUACAAAUAAUCAAGGUGGACUUCCCUUGAGUAAGACCCCCAUACAUUUGGCUGAGAAAUCUGAAAGUCAGGGGGAGCAAACAGAUAACACAUAGUUAUUCUCCAGCUCAGUGAUGUUUGGAAGUCGGUGGCAUGAGUCCUCAUUCACGAGGCUUUGGACGCGUCAGCAUUUCCCAGAGCCACAGGUGGGGCUGCUUUAGGAGUGGACUACCACCUGCUGUGUGCAGCAGUGCUAGACUGCUGUCCUCAGUGAGGAGCGUGUGUCCUCAGGAGAGCUACCUGCAGCAGCUGACUCAGCUUACCAAUUGGGGGCCAGGAGCUGGGUCUUGAAAAGGUUUCUAGGUUUUACUGCACAAUUACAGUUCAUCCCUGAGUCAAAUCCUCUAAAGAACUGUGUACCCAAUGAUUACUUUAAACAGUAUUAUGUAGCAAAUUUUGAUUUAUCAAAAAGGCAAGUUGGAGAACUACUUUCUUAUUUAAAACCACAGGUUGGUUCCCUGUGGUCUGUAGGACACAUUCUAAGCUCCGUCUCCUACAUCCUAAGGCCUUUUCCCUCCUAGAGCCUCGUCUCCCACCACUUAACUCCCAAGCCAUGUAGUUGGCGUGCAGCAACACUAACUGACGUUCCCCUGUCCAAGCUGCCCCUGCCUCCUGGCCUCCAUCCUUGUUUGAGUGCUCUCCUCCCCUCACCUGGUUAACUCUUCAUGAGUCAGGACCUUCCUGACAUUGCUGGGCUCGGCCCUGCCCGCUCUGUGCUGUCGCUCAGUUCUUACCCAUUACUGCACUUACUUUGAUAUAUAAGGAUUGUGUUUUUAUAUCUCAUUA